ACGUUUAACUAAGGUUGAUGUGCCCGCAGCUGUCAUUAUGGGUCAACCCGUUUGGCUCAACUGUUCCUAUGAGUUGGAGAACGAUGAGCUCUAUUCAAUCAAAUGGUAUAAUUCUAACGGAGAGUUCUACCGGUGGGUCCCUAAAGACCAACCGCCCGGACAAAAGUAUGACUCACGAGGAAUAUAUCUCGAUUUAUCAAAAUCAAGUUAUGGCAACGUUUUCCUAUCACAAACCGAUUUGCAUACCGAUGGCACCUAUAGAUGUGAGGUUAGCGCUGAAGCUCCCAGUUUUCAGACGGUUCGCAAAGAAAAGGAGUUAAAAGUUUACAGUUUGCCCAAAGAAGGUCCCACAAUAACUGGCAUUAAAGCACAACAAUAUGGUAUCGGAGAUCUUGUGAACGUCACGUGUCGUGCCGGACCAUCAAAGCCGCAACCAACCCUGUCGUGGCUGAUAAACAGUGAACCGGCAGAUGAGACGUACUUACGUUAUAUACAUAUACCGAAGCGCAGAGAUGGCCUACAAGAAUCGGCACUUCAAUUAUUGUUUAAUGCAGAGAGACAUCAAUUUAUUGGUGGCAUAAUUAAGCUCCGGUGUACAAGUGUCAUAUCACAGGCAUACUCUAUGAGCAGUGAAGAAAUUAUAGUAUCAGAUCACGCAAAGGCAUCCCAUACUCACUCAGUUCACGAGAGUGAUGGUCCUAUCAUUAGUGGUGGUCGUCCCACCUAUAAUGUCGAUGAUGUGAUUAAUCUAACGUGUACUUCAGUCAAGUCUUAUCCGGCACCACAACUACAGUUCUUCAUUAAUGACAAAGAGGCCAGACCUGAAUUUUUGCGAGUCUAUCCCAAAGUGCAAUUUCAAGAUGGAGAUGAAGUAUCACAAUUAGGACUAAUUAUGAGAGUCAAUCCAAUACAUUUGGGUGGAUCAGCCACAACCAAACGUAGGACACACUCGUCAGGCAAAGAUAAUCAACAAAUAAAACUCAAAUGUACGGCAACUAUGGAGAAAGUGAUCGACAGCUCCAGUCGUGAGACCAUCAUUGGCAGUAGUCAACAGAGAUUAGGACUCACUGUCGAUAAUCACUCCGUGCAUCUAAAUCAAGGACAGACAUCAUGUUCAGUACUAUCGACACAAAUGCUUGUGCUGUUAACGUGUUGUUAUACAAUCGUUUGAUUGGACACCUGGA